GACUCACCAUUGCCCAUUAAGGCGGUGCCUCGGUGGAAGGAGUGAGGCAGGAGGAGCUUUCCCUUUCAGUGGCCGGGAGAGAGGGCAUCGCAGAGGCAAUCAUGGUUCUGUUCCCUUCCGCUUGCUUCUGCCUGUUUCUCCUCUUGGGGGCUUGCUCCGGGUGGCAGCAUCCCAUCUGUGAGUUCUCGGACAACUUGAGGUUUCUAUGCAAGGAGAGCCAGGUGACCCAGGUGCCGCAGGACAUCCCCAGGAACGCCACGGAACUGACAUUUUUCCUCACCAAAAUAAGAAUCAUACCGAAAGGAGCUUUCUUGGGACUCAAUGAAGUUGAAAAAAUAGAAAUCUCUCAGAAUGAUGCCUUGGAAAUUAUAGAAUCAAACGUGUUCUCCAACCUUCCAAAGCUCUAUGAAAUAAGAAUUGAGAAAGCAAACCAUCUGGUGUAUAUUGAUAGAUAUGCCUUCCAGAAUCUUCCCAAUCUCAGAUAUUUGUUGCUAUCAAACACUGCAAUCAUGUAUCUACCCGUCAUUAAUCAGAUACAUUCUUCCAUGAAGUUUGUGCUUGACGUCCAAGACAACAUAAAUAUACACAAAAUUGAAAGAAAUUCUUUCCUGGGGCUCAGUUCUGAACGUCUUGAUAUAAGGCUGUAUAAAAAUGGACUCAGCGAAAUUGAAGACCAUGCCUUCAAUGGGACCAUCUUGUCCUCACUAAAUCUGCGUGGUAAUGACAAGCUGGAAAAAUUACCUAAUGAAGUUUUCCAGGGAGCCGAUGGACCAGCCGUUUUGGAUAUUUCAGAGACCAAGAUCAGCCAGCUGCCCAUCGUUGGACUGGAGAACAUUAACAAGUUGAUAGCAAGAUCUGCCUACAACUUAAAGAAACUACCUCCUUUGGACAAUUUCCGCUCCUUGAUUGAGGCAAACCUCACCUACCCAAGCCACUGCUGUGCAUUUGCAAACUGGACAAAACAAAAUUCUUUUUUCCACCCCAUAUGCAAUAAGUCAUCUCUCCUGCUAGAUCCCGACACGAAAGAUUUUGACCUGGACGACCACGAUUACUACCAAACCCUGUGCAAGGAAGAGGUUCAAGUCAUUUGCUUCCCUGAGCCAGACGCCUUCAACCCCUGCGAAGACAUCAUGGGCUACAAUGUCCUCCGGGUUCUCAUAUGGUUCAUCAGCAUCCUCGCCAUCACGGGGAACCUGGUUGUGUUCCUGAUCAUAGUCAACAGCCAGUCCAAGCUCACUGUCCCUCGGUUCCUCAUGUGCAACCUUGCAUUUGCAGACCUGUGCACCGGCAUAUAUCUGUUGCUGAUCGCUGUCAAAGACAUACAGACCAAAAGCCAGUAUUACAACUAUGCCAUCGACUGGCAAACGGGUGCCGGUUGCAACGCAGCCGGCUUCUUCACCGUCUUUGCCAGUGAACUUUCCGUCUACACCCUGACCUUCAUUACGUUGGAGCGCUGGCACACCAUAACCUAUGCCAUGGAGCUGGAACGCAAAGUCCGCUUCCGACACGCUGUGGCCGUCAUGCUUGUCGGGUGGGCUUUUGCCUUCACUGUGGCCAUCCUCCCCAUUCUCCAAGUCAGCAGCUUUAUGAAAGUUAGCAUCUGCCUACCCAUGGAUAUAGAAACUCAUCUUGCCCAGGCAUAUAUCAUGUUUCUGCUGGUACUGAACAUCCUGGCCUUUUUCAUCAUCUGCACUUGCUACAUCAGCAUCUACAUCACCGUGAGGAACCCCAACAUCAUCUCGUCCAACAGCGACACCAAAAUUGCCAAGCGCAUGGCGGUCCUGAUCUUCACGGACUUCCUCUGCAUGGCGCCCAUCUCCUUUUUCGCCAUAUCGGCAUCGCUCAAGGUCCCUCUCAUCACCGUGUCCAACUCGAAGAUCCUCCUGGUUUUGUUCUACCCCAUCAACUCGUGCGCCAACCCGUUCCUGUACGCCAUCUUCACCAAGAAUUUCCGCAAGGAUUUUUUCAUUUUGCUGAGCAAAUUUGGCCUUUGCGAAAUGCACGCUCAGAUUUACCGAACGGAAACCUCCUCCACUGUUCCUACCUCUCAUAUGAAAAACGGGCACUGUACACCUGCUCCCAAAGCCAGUGAGGGACCUGCUUAUGCAUUAGUCCCCCUGAAUCAUGUGAACUCAGAACACACGGGGGUAGGACCCGAACCAACGGCUUCAAGUUCCAAGAAAGGAGAUUCUGACUAA